AUGUGCUCCUGCAGCAAUAUCGAGAAAAAAGAUUUAAUAAAUAUUGACAUAAUAUCUUGUCUUCUUGUGGAUGAGCAAAAUAAUAAACUAUUAUUGAAAAAUCAUGAGGCUCAUCCCACUGGUACAACUCCAUUUCCAGAAGUGAAUGCGUCAAGACAUGAUCUCUAUGGAAAAAUCGUGAUCCCGGUCGUGCAUGCCCACAUGGUCAUAAUUAUGCUCACGGUCUUGAUUUUGAUCGUAGUCGCAGUGGUAAUCAUAAGAACACAUAUUUCCACCAGCAGUGGAAAAAUGUUGAAAAGAAUGAAAAAGAGGGUCAAAGUAGCAAAACCAAUGAAAAUACUUGCUAUCAUUGUGGAGGAAAAGAUGUUGGUGACAUUUUUUGCUGAGCUAGAUGGAAAAAUUGAUCACCUUAUUGGAGAUGGAAGUGUCAAAUAA